AUGAAGCUUGCACAGAGCUCUGGAAAAGCUCUGGUUUGUCUGGGGAUUCUGGCUGGCUUCGCUGCUGCGGGUGGCCUCGGGCCAGCAAAGCGAGACGAAGUGACCCUUUCGACAACGGUCACGCCGACUCGGACGUUGACAGAGGCCGGAUCGGAAACGACAAGGUCAAUCGCCCCCUCUGGCUCUCCGGUCAUUGGUACCCUAAAUCCCUCGUCCACAUUGCCGCCUUCUGCCAAAUCAACUGUUGAUCCGGCAUCUCUGUUCAACACCAGCGCCCUCGAUGCUCCGCUUCCAGAUGACCAGCUUCCCCUACAGCCUGUCAUCACCCCCGGAUGGGCUGUUUCCGGUGCCAUUAUGCUCAUCACCGGCUUCGUCUAUGCUAUCGUGGGGAUCAAGACAAAAUGGCUACACACCUUUUUCUCAACCGCCUACCUGGCAAGUUUAGGGACAACAGCGCUGAUCUUGUACGUCAUGGUGCCACCAGUCAGUGACGCUGUCCACGGAGCAUACGUGGUAGCAGCUGUCUGCACCGGAGCUGUUCUCGGCGGCCUUGCCAUCGUUUUUAAGGAACUCACCGAGUGUCUGGCCGGUCUUCUGGGAGGCUUUUGUCUCAGCAUGUGGCUGCUGACUCUUCAGCCCGGUGGACUUGUCCCAUCAACUGUUGGCAAGGUUUUGUUCAUUGCCUCGUUCACCUUCUCAGGCUUCGGGGUGUACUUUGUGCCAUGGACUCAGAUUCGGGCAUAUGCACUUAUCGCAUGUAUUUCCUUCUCAGGGGCCACCGUGACUGUUCUCGGAAUCGAUUGCUUCACUCGCGCUGGUCUCAAGGAGUUUUGGGCGUACAUUUGGGCACUCAACGACAAGCUGUUUCCCCUUGGCGCGAAUACCUACCCACUCACACGCGGCAUUCGGGUUGAACUCGCUGUCACAAUACUCAUCUUCCUCGCCGGCAUUGUUUCUCAGCUCAGGCUCUGGCGUCUCAUCAAAGACCGUCGAAGCAAACGUGAGGAGGAGAUUGCCGAAGGAGAGCGGAACCUUCGUAUCGAAGAGGAGAUCAUCGGCCGCCAAGUCGAGGAGAUGACGGCUCGCGAGCUCCAUCGCUGGGAGCGUAUCUAUGGCGAGAACACCCCGACCCACCAGGCCUCCGACUCGGCAUUGGGCGAUAUGGAUGACGAGAAGCGAAUUCGUCACAGCUCUGCCACUCUGGCCUACUCGAGACGCACCAAGUCCCCGACUGAUACUGAUGGGAUUGUAGCGGCCGAGGUAUAUGUCGACCCUCUGGCGGACCCUACGCCCUCGGAGAAGGCCGACAUGAAUGAGACUGUUAUCGCCAGAGACGUCGGUGAUGGGAGAAGAUUCACGGUCAGGAUUAGUGAGGACGAGCUUCGCGGGCGCUCGACCCCUGAGGUUACCUCUUCGCACACUCACGAUGGUCAUAUGAGACGCGAGAGUUAUAUCAUGAUGAAUUCUCGACGCAGCUCACAACGUAACUCUCAACGAAACUCGCUUCACACCCCUGAGGUUCCCAUUCUCAGUCUGCCUUUCCAGCUGUCCGAUGCCAAAAGCGAGGAGGGUCGUUCCUCGUUUGCUGCAACCUGUGCCGACGAGGAAGGCCGGGAGAAUGUGCCUGGACCUCGGAUUAGAUAUUCAACGGCGGAAAAGCUUGCCGAGAGACUGUCGAGUGGUUCGGCCAAGCUGCUUAGGGGCCUUUCCCGGCGGUCUGCCCACAGCAAGCGUGGAAUCAUCGAGGGAGUGGGUGAAAGCGCAGAAGAGUUGGCUGUCGAGUGUGUCCAAAUUAGGGACGACCUCGACUCUCUUGCUGCGGUUUUGGACGACUUGAGCUCUCUGGGAGAAGUCUCAGCGACACCAUCGCCAACUACUGAUGUGAAAAUGGAACUGCCCGCCUGGAAAUCAAAACCCCAGUCGGCCGAGUCUAGUACGCCGGGAGCCAAAAGGACAGAGGCGGCAGUCCCUGAGAUGAAACAAGAGGCGGAAACGUCGCUGAGCUCUAGGGAGGUUGGUGAUAUGAUUCCUGAGAUACCCACAAGGCUCUCCAACGUGGACGUGCUUGCUAUUGCCGAGUCACGCUCGGCCAAGCCCUUGCCGGCUCUUGAACAAGGAGGCUUUGUUCCUGAAGAAAAGAAUCCUGCACCCUUACCGCAAUUCCAGGCUGACUCCGAGGUCGAGAAGAAGAUGGAUCCUGACGAGGACAGCUUGCGGGCGGACCCUGUGGGAAGCCCCAAGCGUGAUGAGGACGGUGCAAAAGAUGGGGAUGAUGCUGCGGUUAGAGGGGAAUCAUUGGAUUCCGUUGCCGCCAGUCUGACGAGAGGGAAUCUUCCACCAGCCUUGUCCCGAGUAGCAUUGUGUUAUCGUACAAAUGAGUGGGCGAAACACCUGAGUGUGGCUGAGAUCCCUGACCCAGAUGAGCUCCAGCAAGAGAUCGUUGCAGCACAAGACGGCUCAGACGAAGAACCGGCGCCCCUUGAUGUUGUCGACCUUCAGCAAACAGCCGAGAAUGCGACCAUUCCCCCAUACGCCCCUCGAUCGGCUAGCGCCAUGUCAAACUACACAGGCCAACCUGUCAGCAGGAGCAGUUCCAGGACAUCGUUCUCGGCGUAUCCAGAUUCGAAUGCCUCUGCUAUCCAGCCUGGCUCUUCGCCUGACUUGCAGCAAGGAAAGUUGAACGGUCCCUAUCGCUCCUCUUCCAUGACGGGCGUGAUGCUCAAGGGGCGAAAUUCGAGACUUGUCGCCGAGCCCAUCGCGGAAGAGGGCGAUCAUGAGCCAACUGAACACGUUUCAGCCCCUUUUCCCUCAGAUACAACCUGGACCAUGCCGAACACAAACUCGGCAUCUGCGGUCCCUCAUGGGCUGUUGUCUUCAACCUCGGUCCCGAACAUGACACGGAUCAGCCAACAAUCCUUGUACUCUCCGCCUACUCUCAUGGGUGUGCGCGAGACGCUCCUCCGUAAUAAAGCGUCUGGGUCAAUCUACACUCAGACUGCUGAACCAAUUCCCUACGGAAUACCAACCUUUCCUAUCGCAAGGCCUUCCUCUGAACACGAGAGUUUGCACAGCCACUCUGCACCUAACAAUGUCCCUAGCGAUUGCUCAAGCCCAGCAGUCGGCGUCGACCUCGAUGACCUGCCACUAUCCCAACGCCGUGCGUUGAUACGACAGAGCAGUAUGCCUAUGCAGCCCCAACAGGCGCUUAUACGCCAGCGUUCAGGGCUGCGAAGUCCUACGCCACCUGUCACCUCUCACCCUUCCCCACGCGCAACAACAGAGUCUACCACUUUCGACUCACACCAGCCUCUCCGUCAUAGCACAAUACCCACCGAAGCUGUUCGCCAGGCGCAGCUCGCCAACUUCCGCAACAGCGUCCAAGCUGACCUCCGGGCCAACGCACGGCCAAAGACGUUGGCCCGACACAGGUCUGUCGGAGGUGAUGGCUUCCACCACGGCCCGCCUCUUUCGGGGGGGGUGCUUAAUUUAGGAAGUACCACCUCCAUGACCAGUCUCAAGGGUGCUUUCCAAUCGGUAGGAGAUCGGCACAGUGGAAACACCCCUGGAAGUAGUGUUGAAGCCCAGAGGAACAUUGACAUUCAACGCGGGGUGAUGAUGGAGCAAAAGGAGGCCGAGGCGGCGAGGCUGGAGAGCACGAGGCUGGAGAGGGAGGGGAGGCAGAGGGAAUUUGAGGAGCGGAUGAGGAGGGAUCGGGGGAUGUUGGAGGCGCACCGGGAUGCCAUGAGGAGGAUACAGAGGGGUGUGAGGGAUGUUUGAGAUGUCAUGACUUUAUUUUUUUUUUUUUUUUUGCGCAAAAGAAAACAAUGAUGUUAUGGGAUGAAUUGGAGAAAUAUGACGAUAUGGCAAAACGUCGGACGUAUAGCGUGAGGCAGGCGUGUCUGUUUUGCCACUACUAUUGUAUUUGGCUUGCGGGGGAUGUCUGAUGACUUGUUUGUUUUUGGAAACAUGACCCCGAGAUGAGUACGAGUACGAUGACAGCACGGCGGUACGGUUUUACGGAAGGUUGAUGUAUACAGGUAGCUUUUAAUCAAGAUUGGGGGGGGGAGGGGGUUGUAAUUACUUGCUGAGUCUUUUGUGCAUAGCAUGGCGGUUAUUGGGGAGGACAAGGUAGAAAGCGAAUGGGAUGGAUGGGGGUAUAGAGUCGGACUGGAUGGGUUAGAGAAUAAUUAAUAGUAUAUUGAGUAGUUGUUAGAGUCAGA